AUGCCUCUAAUUCCUAACACAAGCAACACGGAUAAGCGUUGGUGGAAAGAAGGAGUGGUCUAUCAAAUCUACCCCUCAAGUUUCAAGGAUUCCAAUGGUGACGGCAUGGGCGAUAUUCCAGGCAUCAUCUCCAAAUUAGAUUACAUCAAAGAUCUCGGUGUGGACAUUGUGUGGCUGUCACCAUUUUAUGCAAGCCCACAGGUUGACAUGGGGUACGACAUUUCUGAUUAUCAAGACGUGUAUGGACCCUACGGAACAGUCGAUGACGUUAAGGAGUUGAUUCAAGGUUGCCACAAGAGAAAUAUUCGUAUCAUCUUUGACCUGGUGGUCAAUCAUACGUCAGACCAACAUGCUUGGUUCAAGGAGAGCAGGUCAUCCAAGGUGAACCCCAAAAGAGACUGGUAUUACUGGAGACCUGCAAAGUAUGAUGAACAAGGCAACCGCAUGCCACCUUGCAACUGGCGUAGCUGCUUUGGUGGCAGUGCAUGGACCUGGGACGAGACCACGCAAGAGUACUACCUUAAUCUUUUCACUCCAGAACAGCCAGAUUUGAACUGGGAGAACGAAGAUGUGCGCAAAGCCAUUUAUGAUAAUGCUAUGCGAUUUUGGCUUGACUUAGGCGUGGAUGGUUUCCGAAUCGACGUUGUGAAUAUGUACAGCAAACAUUUGCCUUUUGCGGAUGCACCUAUUACCGAUUCAUCUUCUGCGUGGCAGUUGGCCGUAGAGCUUUUCUGCAAUGGUCCUCGCAUGUAUGAAUUUUUGGAAGAAAUGAAUAGCUCUGUGCUAUCCCACUACGAUGUCAUGACCGUAGGAGAACUUCCCUGUACCCCCGAGCCAGAAGCUGUACUUCGAUAUGUCAGUUCCAGUGCCAAGAAACUCAAUAUGGUCUUCCAAAUGGACUUGGUGACGCUUGGAUUUGGUAAAAAUGAAAAGUUUGAGACUACCGAAUGGAAUCUGCUACAGUUCAAGGCAUUUUUGGAUAAGUGGCAAUGCUUUAUCAACGGAAACGAUGGAUGGACCACUAUAUUCUUGGAGAACCAUGAUCAAGCCAGGUCCAUUUCACGCUUUGGUUCUGAUGAUCCUGCCUUCCGCGAAAUAUCAGGAAAAAUGCUGGCUACCUUCUUAUGUACAUUGACCGGUACACUGUUCCUUUACCAAGGCCAAGAAAUAGGGAUGAUCAAUGCUCCCAAGUCAUGGCCCAUCGAAGAAUAUAAGGACGUUGAGUCCCUCAACUUCUAUAAUCAUGUCAAGAAAUCUACCAAUAGCGACGAAAAGGCAUUGAGUAAAGCCCAUUCCGCCAUCCAAGCUGUUGCAAGAGAUCACAGUCGAACACCAGUUCAAUGGGAUAGCUCUCAACAUGGUGGUUUCACCACAGGUCAACCCUGGAUGCGGGUCAACGACAGCUUCAGCUAUAUCAACGUUCGUGACCAAGAACACGAUGAGAACAGUGUACUUUCUUUCUGGCGCAAGGCUAUAGAGUUCCGUAAAAACUAUAAAGAGCUGCUCGUAUAUGGAGAAUUUCAAUUAUGCGAUGCCGAAAACACAAAAACAUUGACAUAUCUCAAGGUUCAUAACGACCAAAAAGCGUUGGUUGUUCUUAACUUUACCAAAGAGGAGCAGACAUUUAUGGUACCAAAGGAAGCUCAUGGCCAGAUGGAUUUGGUAUUGAGUAACUCAAAAACAUCUUCUGAAUCCAAACAAUUAGGACCUUUCGAAGCUAGAGUAUAUCUCAUAAACUAG